CGGCGCGCCGAGGGGAGGGAGGGGCCGGGACGCCGGCGCGUCGGUGCCGACGGUCUCCAGGCGGGAGUGAGGAGGAGGAGGAGGAGGACUCUCCUGCCUAUGUCGGGGCUCCCCGCUUGCCGUGCUUCGUCUCUGCUGUUGCGUCCUGCUCUCGAAGGCCGUGCCAGAUCUGAGAACGUUAUUAUAAUUGGGAAAAUUGCACUCACUCAUCUGUCCAUUGAACCGAAGCAGAUAGAAUGGAUGGGAAAAAGUACUGCUCACCGCUGAGAUUCUUAGACAAGAUUCCCAGACUACUUCAUUGAAGACAUCUAAAGCAGCGCAGCCUGGCAGCAAACUGCUUCCAGUUUUGGAUGCAGUAUCCAAACGGAUCUGAAGCACUUGGAAAAUGAGCGUUCUUCUCAUUGAAGCCUUUUAUGGUGGUUCCCACAAGCAGCUGAUGGAUCUUCUCCAGGAAGAGCUACAAGAAGACUGUGUCCUCUGUACGCUCCCUGCCAAGAAGUGGCAUUGGAAAGCACGGACUGCUGCUCUUUAUUUCAUGCAAACAGUGCCAACAAGUACUAAUUACAGGAUCCUCUUUGCAAGCUCGGUGCUUAACCUGGCUGAACUCGCUGCCCUCCGCCCUGACCUUGGCAAAUUGAAAAAGGUCCUCUACUUCCAUGAGAAUCAAUUGGCAUAUCCUGUCCAGAAAUGCCAGGAAAGGGAUUUUCAGUAUGGAUACAACCAGAUUCUUUCAUGUUUGGUUGCUGAUGUUGUGGUGUUCAACUCUGCUUUUAAUAUGGAAUCGUUUCUUACAUCCAUUGGAAAAUUUAUGAAGCUGAUUCCUGACCACAGACCUAAGGAUUUGGAAAAAAUGAUCAGACCGAAGUGCCAAGUUCUUUAUUUUCCAGUCAGGUUUCCUGAUGUGAGCAGUUCCCAUUCAGUCAGCUCAGAGACACAGGAGAAAGGUUUUGGGGAGCAAACUCGUUAUCAGUCUUCCUUCAGUUUCCAUCUGAUUCUGUCAACAGUGAGGACAUCAAAACCGUUCAUGCCAGAACAUAAGCUUGCCCGUUUGGAAAAAGUAACUGGUGUUAAAAGAAAUGGAGAUGCUUAUCAAUUGGAGGGUCUGCCUGGCCAGCAGGAGAGCAGAGCUUUGGGAGGCUUAAUGAAAAACAGCAACGCGCAUCGCGAGUCUGGACUUUGUGAAGCCCAGCCUGGACUUUGUACCACACAGCACGAGGGGCUGCCUUCCCCAUUAACAGCACCGGCAAGACCGAACAAGUCUGAAGCAUCAGAGGGUACAAAUCCUUGUCAAGAAGAAGAUAAGCAACAUCUGACUUUUAACCUCUCUAAUAUCUUGAGUGGACGGGACUAUCAGCAAAGACCUUUACAUGUUGCCUGGCCUCACAGGUGGGAACAUGACAAAGAUCCUGAAACUUUCUUUAAAGUCCUGCUGAAACUGAAAGAGAAAGAACUACCUUUUCAUGUGUCCGUCCUCGGAGAGGCUUUCACUGAAAUUCCAGAUAUCUUUUCAGAGGCCAAAAAAGCGUUGGGAUCUUCUGUCUUGCACUGGGGCUACUUACCCAGCAAAGAUGACUAUUUCCAAGCUCUGUGCAUGGCCGAUGUUGUCAUCUCGACAGCUAAACACGAAUUCUUUGGCGUGGCAAUGGUCGAAGCUGUGCAUUGCGGCUGUUACCCGCUGUGUCCCAAAGCCUUGGUGUACCCAGAGAUAUUUCCAGCUGAAUAUCUGUAUUCUACACCUGAACAGCUUUUUAAAAGGCUUCAGAAUUUCUGCAAGAGACCAGAUAUUGUAAGGAAACAUCUCUAUAAGGGCGAGACGGCUGGGUUUUCUUGGGCAGCGCUCGGCGGUAAAUUCAGGUCUCUGCUCGCAGCAGAACCGAGGGAAGAUUUGUGACAGAUGGGGCUAAGUCACAAACUUGCAGCCUCAGGCAGAAUUGUGGAAGUUUCCAGAGUGUGCCCAUAUUUACCUGAUCAGAGAGAAAAGAAAAUCUGCAGAGGAAGCCGAGCCUGGCUGCUUGUCAUAGCUGACACAGAGCCAUCUGCCACAAACCUGUGGCGGCUUCAGAUCUCCAAUCCCUGCCACCACCCCAGCUCAAAUUAAAUACAGAUUCUUAGAGACGUUAUGAUGGUUACACAUGUCCUCGGCAUCACAUGCAGGAGACUGUUCAAAAAAAAUAUGUGGCCUGUUGUAUAACCGCACUCAUGUAUCCCAUAUGUGGUGCCACAUUGAAUUUCCGGUUGAAUCUGUUUUUAUCCUUUGUACUGGAUGACAUGGUGCCUGAAUUCUUUCUUUUCUCCGACACGAUGGCAGCCAAGCUGCAGCUUCAAACGCUCACACUUGGCUGAGUUUCUACCUAGGUUGCCAGGUUAUCAUUGGAGCCUUAUUGUGUCCUCAAAGGGCCACAGGGCCUGAAAGGAGGAUCCGCACGCUGCCGGACUAAUUGGGCAGCCAUCUCCGGAUUGUUUGGAGGCAAAGGGCUGCUUUAGCACUCUUCUUCUUUUUUUUUUUUUUUUUUUUUUUUUUU